GAAGCGGUACAAUGAAAAAACGAUCAUCUGGUUUUAUGAUUUUUGGUCGAUCGAACCCUCAAAUUGUAUAUUUGAUGCUGAAAAAAUCGACGAAAACAAAAACUUGGUCUCCACCAAAAGGUAGAGCUGAUGGAAAUGAAAAUGAUUUUCAGGCUGCUACAAGAGAGUUACAGGAAGAAACCGGCUACACGUUGGACGAUCUGAAUAUUUAUAAGGAUCUUUGCAAAACCAUUGUAUACAACAUUGAGGGUGUUGAAAAAACAGUCAUACUUUGGCUUGCUAAGCUCAAAGAUCCACAGAAGAAACCAAUACUUUCUGAUGAACACACUGAAUACCAAUGGGCGACUGGGGAUGAGGCUGCAUUAAUAUAUGAACAUCCGUGUUUUCGUGAAAUGGUUUCAUUUUUCCACGAUCAAAUUGAGAAACUACCGUGACUUCUUUCACUUAUAAGCAAAUAAUAAACAUUUUAUGCAUUCAAUUGGUUGAUCUUUUGUCGCAUUUGAAUCCGUUUCUGUUCGAGCCGAAAACGUAUUUUAGGGUCAUCUACCUGCAUGUUCGGUCCACGAUCCGACAGCAAAAACCAAAUAUACAUUGAUUCAUAUGGACACUGAAUGUACAGAAUGUGAC